AUGGUGAGUGCCACAGGGGUGUCUGAGGAUGCACUGGUAACCACAGACAUGAACUGAAAUAUACAAAUAGCACAAGCAAUGCUCACUGCUCAAAGGAGCAGAAAGUCACCUCUUGAUAACUACUUCCUAUUAGAAAUUAAUAUUAGAAUUGGACCUCAUUUCCAUGUAACUGUUUUGGAUAUGAGCCUCAGGCUGACAUUUUCAAUUAAGAUUGUAGAGAGUCGGAUGAAUUAUAGCUGAACUGUGAUCUGCCUGCCUUUUGCAAAUCCCAGUCACAUCAGUUUCCAAGUCUAGUCCAGAGGGACCGAUUAAGUUGACAAUUGUUGACUGCAAGGGUAAAUUCCCUCCCUUCACCACGAGAAUAUGCCUUAAAAUAAUCUUCUGGGCUACUACGACAUUACUUUUCUGCCAGAUGUAAACCUGGACAUGUUUUCCAUGUGAAAGUCUCACUGACAAGGCCAGGGACUUUACACACGGAAUAAAUGCAAUACGGAGAUUCAGACUGAACAAAUUUGCCUCGUUGUUUCAAUGAAGAUUUCUCUUACUUUGCACAUACACAGAAAUGCCUUUCAGCUACUAAUAUUGAGAAAGUGCAGGUACUAGAGAUGGAGAAUAAUAAUAAUAAUAAUAAUAUAAUAAAUUUUAUUUAUAUCCCGCCCUCCCCAGCCGAAGCCGGGCUCAGGGCGGCUAACAACACUAAAAUAGUGCAACAUUAUAAAAACAUUAUAAAAAUUAAUUAAAAUCAAAAUUGAUGGCAACCAUAAACGAAAGUUUUGUAAAGAUUGCCAAAGGAGGGAGUCAGGCUGUGCCCUGACCAAAGGCCUGGUGGAACAGCUCUGUCUUGCAGGCCCUGCGGAAAGAUGUCAAGUCCUGCAGGGCCCUUGUCUCUUGUGACAGAGCGUUCCACCAGGUUGGAGCCGCAGCCAAAUAGCAUGGAAGGUCACUAACAUUAUAGCAUUCUUUGCAUUCGGCGCUACCCUACCAAAGGCCAAGCGAGGUGGCUGCCUUAGUCAACUGAUUCGGAGUCAUGAAAAAGCAGUGCAUGUUCAGAUUUAUUACUGUUGUAUUCUCAUUGGGACUUGAAUUAAAGUACCAAAAUAAAUUGACUAGUCUUUGGUACUAUGUACCUUGACUAGAGGAAUUGGGGCGGGUGCCAUUUGCUGCUCUGUAUCAGGCAAGCCCUACCUGAGAAAUACCUUCAUGCUGCUGAGAUGAGUAUUGAAAAGUUGAAAAUACAACAUACACUGCAAGUGUCUCAGAAAAACAGGGACAUCCCAUUCCCCCACCCCCACGAAAGCUUGGUGGCCAUUCAAGUUGUUCUGAUCUGGUGCGAUUUUGUGCUGAGAUCUCACUCUCCCCAAAAAAGCUUUUUUGGGGCUGUGAUCUUGUGCAGCACCCCAAAACAUGUGUGUUUUGCUACCCUUAGAACACAGCCCUGAAAAAAAACCCCAUGUAUUUUGGGCUCUGUGAUCUUGUGUAGGUCACAUGACUUGCGCAGGAGCACUGUUGGGAAGACAGGUGUCCUGGUUUGGAGGGUAUGAAAGAAUUAUAUCCCUCUUUAUAGCCUUAGGAGGUUUUCAAAAAGGCUUGUAAAGAAUCUGCAGAAUACAAUCGCAUUCAAAAAGAUUUGCACAUAUGAUCAGAAACAACGUUGGGCCAGAUUUGUUCAGACGUAGGACAUAUUUGACAUUGUUUUUUGUUUUCCUUUGUACCUUUGGGCAGCAAGCCCACUGGGGAUCUCUGAGGUGAGGACCUCAGUCAGCCCAUGGUGGAGCUAAGGCUGUAUUAUAUACGCACAGUAUCUUUAAAGCACAUUCUUUCCCUCAAAGAAUUCUGGGCAUUGUAGUUUACCCCCCCACACACAGAAAGUUACUCUUCCCAGCAACUUUUAACUACUGUGAGGGGGAGGGGAUGUGCUUUGAAUGUUCUUUAAAGGUAUAGUGCGCACACAGACUAAGUCUUCCUUUGCUGGCAGUUGGCAGGCAACAGCUCCCAUUCAGGACCUCCUGAAGCAAAGAAGUGGAGCCAAGCAGCUAGAAGUCUCGCAGCCCAUGAUGGAGGCAAGUCUUCCCUUGCUGGCAGAUGGCAGUUGCCAGGCAACAGCUUCCACUGAGGAUCUCUGAGGGAACGUUGUAGGGCUGAGCAGCUAGACUUCACUCAGCUCUUGAUCAAGGCAAGUCUUCCCUUGCCGGUCGUUACAUCAUGUUGCCUAAUAUUCCUAUAUUACCUCGAUUUGGCAGGAGUUACUGCACUGUUCAGACAUUAAAGUUUUACAAGAUCAGCUGACGUUACCAGUGGUAGCAGUGAUUAAAGUUUACUUCCAUAAACAAAGGCAAUUUGCAUUGUCUGUGACCGGUUGUAAAAGCACUAAAGGUACAAAAUAUCGGUACAGCCUGUUUCUUUUUGGCCCAAACUAAAUGUGGUGGUGUCAAAACCAUGUGAAAACUGGGCCAGAAGUCAAAUACCUAUAAAACAGUGGGGUGGAGUGAUUUUAAGAGCAAUGUGGGCAGGUGGGAAAGACUGAAAUUAACCUGUGUCCAAGCUGUGCCGCUCCCUUUUGUAUAGGGAAAUUGGAUUCUUGUGGGAAGGGGAUAUGCUUAGAUGUUUCCAAGGGAAGGGAAAAGCAGCAGGAAUAAUAGAAAAUGCGUCCCUUCAAAUUCAUCAGGGAACACUGUAGAAAUGGUAACACCAACAGUGUUAUCCUGUUACAAAUAAUUAAAUGCUGGUAAAGUGUAUUGGGUCUAACAGCAUUUAACUGUCACAAAAAGGAUUUUUUGCUGAUGGAUACAAAUUUAGAAUAGUCGUAACCACAUGUGGAAGCAGAAAAUGCUUUUCUAUCGAUGUAACUUAAAAAUGAAAGGGACACAUUGGUUAAAAGAUAAUAAUAAAUUCUGAAUACAGUACUUGCAUGAAAAGCUCAGCCGUGCUUUGUGCAACAUCUUGCUUGAUUCUGAAGAACUCAGAUCUUGCCACUACUUUGUGACAUUUUGAUUGGUCCUAAUCAAGGUAUUGCCCAACUGUGUAUUUUGGAGUUUCUACAUAAAAACCGUAUGUCAUUGUUUCCAUCUAAAUAUGGAUAUACUUUAUAGGAUGUGUAUUGUAGCGAGGCUGGACACUGAGUGGCAAAAUCAAGGUAUAUGAAUAUUUUGUGUGUGUGUGUAAAUAUAUGAUUGCAGUUGAAUAGGGAGUAUAUUCAUGCAUGGAAUUCAGAUGUCAAGCUUUUCAGUUUUAUGGCUUACAUAUUUAUUUAGACUAUUUAAUGAAAAUCUAUCGAUUAGUUUGAUUUGACUGGCAGUUUUUUCACAUUAUACCACAGAAAAUUAUCUUGAAGUGGUAGAACUAAUAGAGAUGGCUGCUUAAUUAAAUGUGCAGAGUACUGAGGUAAACGUUUGAAAAUCCCAAAUGUUGUCUCCUCACCGGCUCCUUUUGUGUUGUUUUAAGGUAAAGGUACCCCUGCCCGUACGGGCCAGUCUUGACAGACUCUAGGGUUGUGCGCUCAUCUCACUCUAGAGGCCGGGAGCCAGUGCUGUCCGCGGACACUUCCGGGUCACGUGGCCAGCGUGACGAAGCUGCUCCAGCGAACCGGCACCAGAGCAGCACACGGAACGCAGUUGUGUUGUUUUAUGGGAGGCCAAAUGGGGAUGUUCCAAUCAGCUACCUAAUUUAAUUUAAUAGGAGCAAAGCGGCAGAUGACCAAUAUCCUGUGAAAGAGCUCGGACCCAGUGAAUAGAAAAGGCCCAAAGGAUAUCUGGGGAGACUUUCUUCUUGCCGCCGUUUACUUCUUACUGUUCCUUCUUACUGUUCCAUCAGCAUCAGCAUCUCUCUCUGGUUAGGGAGCAAAAGUCACAUCCUGAAAGGAGUUUAACUCCUAUAUGAGGAACAGCGAUGGGUUUUGGAUUCUUUCCUUAAAUCUGGAAGUUCCUUGAGUAGGAAGUAGUUUAUACAACAUUUCCCCCACAUCUGAGGGCGGUAGGGUUACACACAUUAGAAAACCACACCCUACAUUUAUCAAAAAAAGGAAAGAAAAGUCUUGUAGCACCUUAAAUCGAACACAUUUAUUGUGGCAUAUGCUUUCACGGACUAAUGCCCAUCUGAUGCAGCAGCUGAUAUUUCAAAUGAAGAUAUAGAGGGUGGUAUUUCAGAAUGUGAAACUGCAAUAAAUGUGGUUUCUCCCCCCCCCCCCCAGGGUUCUAAUAGCUACCAUUUCUGUCCUUGAUUAUUUUCUUAAUUGAAAGCACUUCUAGGUGCACAAGUAGUGCUCUCUCGCUCUCAAGGCUUCUCUGAGCCCUUUUCCUUCUUGACCUUAUCUUUUGUGUGUCCAGUUCAUUUAUAGAAUUGACCAAGUUUUCCCCCCCUUCCCUCAGUUACAGACUAUAUCUGGGAAAAGUAUAAAAAGGGCAAAAACCAGGACCUGGAUAUAGUGUUGCUACACCUGAAACUUCUGGUCGGCUCAGAAGGGAACAGAUAAUCAAUUUUGGCUAUUAGAUUGAUUGUAGUUGCCUUCUGCUUCCUAAGAAAAUAUUGUUAUACCCCACCCAAUCUCCAUGCGCAGUGCAAGAUUCCAGGGAUCCAGGCGUUUACCCAGAGUUUGUGUUUCCUUUGGAAAUGAGGCAUAGUGGAGACCGUGGUGUCUUUAUGAUAUAUGGUUUAUUUACACACGUAUAGGCAACCUGAGCCUAGAUGGAGAGAGUUCAGAACAUUCCAAUUCCAGUAAGGUUUCCUGCUUCUUUGAUAGGUGCAGCAGGUUUGCAUCUCAGAACAUAGAAAUCUUUGUCACUGCCAAUAGAAAAUAAAUUUUCCCCAGUUUACAUAAUCCAAACUGUUGAGUAAAAUCAGUAAAAUCAUUAUUUUAUUUGUGGUGUAAUGGUUAGAGCAGGCCUCAGCCUCAGCAAACUUUUUCAGCAGGGGGCCAGUCCACUGUCCCUCAGACCCUGUGGGGGGCCAGACUAUAUUUUUUUGGGGGGGGGUGAACAAAUUCCUAUGCCCAGAGAUGCAUUUUAAAUAAAAGCACACAUUCUCCUCAUGUAAAAACACCAGGCAGGCCCCACACAUAACCCAGCGAUGCAUUUUAAAUAAAAGGACACAUUCUACUCAUGUAAACACACACUGAUUCCUGGACCAUCUGCAGGCCAGAUUGAGAAGGUGAUUGGGCCUGCUCCUGGGUCUUAGUUUGCCUACCCAUGGGUUAGAGAGUUGGAACUGGACCUGGGAAACCAAGGUUUAAAUCUCUGCUCAGCUAUAAAGCUCACUGGGUGGCAUUGGUCCAAUCACUGUCUCUCAGUUUAGGCUACUUCACAGACUGGUUUUGAAUCCUGUAUGCCAUCUUGAGUUCCUUGGAAGAAUGGUGAAGUAUAAAUGUAAUAUUUAUUAUUAAUAAUAAUAGUAGUAGUAGUAGUAGCAAUAGUAAGCUGCUAGGUAAAAUAAUAAAAUAAUACGAAUCUGCAACAAAUUCAGCACUAGCACAUCUAACAAAUCUAAUAAUAAUUCAUAUAGUAAUCAUUAAUAGUAAUUAUUAAUAUAUAAUGAAGUAAUGUGCGAUGAAGGGUUGGUUGAACUGGAUUUAGAUGCUAAUGUGCAUCUUUUUGUCAUUCUUUCAUUGAAUGACAAUAUUACGCUGUUGAAAUUAUGCUGUUAUAAAUAUUGUGCUACUAUGCAUAUUGUGAUCUGGCCCAUUAUUAUUUUUUACAAUGAAAGGGAAAACAUAAUGAAGGGUAGAAGAUGGGAAUAAAAUACAUAUAUAAUAAAACCAUACAUAAUAUAGCUACAACAUUUCAAACAAUACAUUUCUUAAGCAAGAUAUAAUUCAGUAAAAUAUCCUGACUCAUUAUCUCGUGUCUCACCAGCCUCCUCACUGCUGUCCCUUUGGCUAUCUUCCUUACAGAGAGGGGGAGCCUUUUAUACAAGAAUAGUCCCUUAUCUGCAGUGUCUAGCUUGAACCUGAUUUGAGCUUCUGGUUGUUAUUUGAAUGUCAACAGAUCCAUGAAUAUAUUAUACUUACCUUUUCAAUCUGACAGGUGACUUUUAAAUUAAGAGUCUUACAGUGCCAUUCUUUGCAUGUGUACUUGGGGAGUGUUAGAUUACAUAGGAUUGUACUGUGCAUGUUCUGUUCUAUGGGAUAGAUCCAGAGUACGUUUCUUAUACCACUUACCUGGCAAUUACUACUCAGCGGGACUUCUCAGUACCCUUGUAUAUUGUUACUGAAAUUACGGGGGGGCGGGGCACAUCUUUAAAGUUGUUAAAUGUUACAAAUAUGCAUAAAUGUAUUCUUUCGACUUGACAGCUCAGGGAGGUUACCUAGCUUUAAAAAUCAUAUAAAAUCAACUCCUUUGCCACUUUCCUUCAUUCCACAGCCAAUUUGCUUCAUUGGCCAAGGACUUGGAAACCACUUGGUCCCCGCCAUAAUCCCUCAAGCGGGAGGUCACAUACUCACAGGAAGGUACUCAUAGGUGUCAAUCACUGGGCAAAGGCACUCCUCCGGACUUGCCCAGGUGGCAGACUAUGCAAACCAAAGUUCUAUUGUCCCUUUGUGGUAGGUGCUUAGAAUGUACUUCCCAAUACAUAUCCUGUAUACGCCUGUUGGCCCAACACAUUCCUCCUAUGUUAAUCAUGUAUAACCCUCCCCUUUUCUGAUGUAGCAAAGACGUAGUGAUGAUGCUUAAUGAAGUGUAUGCUGGGAUAAGAUAGAAACUUUAAAAAGUCCUUGUCACCCCAUCCUUGGGGUUCAAAAUUCCUCUUUAAACCUGUUGCGCAAUAAACUUUGGUCUACAGCUAUUUGCUCCGGUUGGUGGCUGGACUCCUUCCUUUAUUCCGCAGGGAUCUGCCCGACAAGCUGGGUGACUGAGCAGUCUUGCACCUAGAUAUGAUUGCAUUGUUACAAUUUUGGGUGUGUGGGUGUGUGUGGUGGUGGUGGUGUUAGGGUGUGUACAUACAUCCUGCUGGAUUAAGAAAUCUAGAUGAUUGCUUCCACACAUUCAGCCUAAUGGGGUGAAGAGGGCUCACAAUUACAACUAAAACUAUAGGGCAGUCCCCCAAACCCCUAGAGCCGAUUUCGAGGGCACAUGGGACUCUAAAAGAGAGCAGAGGUUCAUCCCACUUGUACAAGAAGAGCUGGAUGCAAAGCUUUUUAUAUUAAAACAACCACAAUGGGGAGAUUUUUUAUUUUUAUUUUACAGUGCUUUUUCUGUAGGACAUUUCUGCUAAUUAUUUCAACAAAGCUUGGUUUUGCUUACAGAUGAAAUUGUUUGUGGAUAUCUUAUUAAUUUAGCGGACUACCUGGCACUUUACCUUAACCAUCCAUAAAUUUUGUUAAGUUAAAUUUUCUUAACUUAAAUCUCCCUUUACUUGUCAUGAGUAUUGUGCAUAGUUCUUAGCAGGGCAGUGUUUCCUCCUUUUUAAAUUAUUGCAAAAUAAAUGAGGAACAAAUGUAUGAAAAUUUAAAAUAACUAUUAGUGUGGGGGGGGAGUUUUUGAGAGAGAGUAAUACUUUUUGAUGUCACAUUAUAGUUAGAGAAAGGUAACAGAUUUUAGAGUAUAGAAACUAGCUCUAGAGACAUUUAGAUCACUGAGUACACACUCACCUUUUUUUAGUACCACUAUCACAUCUGUGCAAAUAGGUUUUGAAAACAGCAAAAACCUGAAAAAUCAGGUUAGCAACAGGAAAAAUUGAAUGUGUUCAAACCGUGUUCGACUCUUUUGAAAAAAAUAAUUAGCUGGCCUAGUUUGAACGUUAUAUUACAAUAUGAUUUAGUGUUGCAUGCGUGAGAGCGUUUCCCUCCCCAUUCCUUCUCAGAGGCUUUCUCCCAUUAUAUCCUCACAAUCAGAAAUAUAUGCACCCCCCCGGAAAUUUUUAUGAAAUACAAAGUUAGCACGAAGUGUUCUGGUUGUAUUGGGGUGGGGGGCGUGAUACUAUGUCUCACCCAAUUAACAUAGUUCAAUAAGUUUAAAUGAUAUUUUCUCUUCAUUGCUUUUAAAUCGUUUUGGGUUGGUUCGCCCUGCUCACUUAUUGUGACCUGCACUGCAUUGCAGAGGGUUGGACUAGAUGACCAUCGAAGUCUCUUCCAACUGUACAAUUCUAUGAUUCGAUAUUCCUCAUUCUUUUCCAGAUUUGACUGAUUCUGUCCCCCGCUCCCCAACAAAUUAGAUUUAGGUUGCAAUCCUAACUGGAAGUAAGCCCCUUUGACCAUAGGACUUACUUCUGACUGAUACACUCAGCAGGAUCGUACUGCAAAUCGUUCUGCAGAAAAAACAUUGGAAAUUUUCUCCGGCUUCAGCAAUGAGGCAUUUUUUUUAAAAAAAAGGGAGAUACAAUAAUUAUUACAGGUGGUUCCGCCCCCCCCCCUUCCGCACACUCAAAAGGUUCCUGAUUCUUUGUAGUUGAUCCUAGUAAUAACCUUUCUGUUCAGGUUUUGUGGAAGUGCGAUGGCUCUCAUUUCUUUUAUUAUUAUAAUAAAACAAAUGGGGGUGCACACCUCCUUGAAUUUGUACACCCCAGACGUACAGAGUCAAAGGGACCUGUCUUCAUAUAGAUGCAUUGAUGGUGUCAGUGAGAUGGAACUCCCAUACUUUCUUACAUACAUUUAUUUAGGCUUGGUGUAUGUUAAUUUCCCCGUCACCUAAUCUUAAUUUUUUUACCCCUAUAUCGUGAAACCUUUUUGGGGGAGUGCCUCGUUUCUUUCUUAAAAAAGAGGAAAAUAACCCCCUAUACUAAUGACCAUGAUGAUGACACAAGGCUUGAAGAAAUUGAGGAAUACAGUACUCAGGUUUUGCAGGGCACUCCAGCAUGCAGUGCCGUAGGUCUCCCGUGACCCUGCAUUCCUCUUCAAUUUAGUAUUUCAGGGGAGGGCAAGAGAUUUGCUGCGAUUUGGCAGGGGAUGCUCUCCCUCCUUAGCCUUCCUUUUUGGCUUGAGGUUGCGGGGUGGGGGGGGGAGAGAGAGAAGAGAGUGAAGUAAGCAGCAGCAGCAAGGAGGAGCUGGCAGCCUAUGCGUGUGUGGCUGUGUGUGUGUGUGUGUGUGUGUGUGUGAGAGAGAGAGAGAGAGAGAGAGAGAGAGAGAGAGAGAGAGAGGCGAGCGCCUUGGCCGCCCUGUUUCCUGGUGCUCUGCUCCCUGACCCCAGUGGCAGUCCUUACUCACUGCACUCCUCCGCUCUCUUCCUCCUUCUCUCCCCCUUCAUUUCUCCCUCUCUCCCUCUUUCUCUUUCUCGCUCUCCAGCCCAGAUCGCGGCUGCUCUCCUUCUCCCUUUUCUUCCUUCCUUCCUUCCCCUUUCCCUCCUUCCUUCCUUCCUUCCUCCUGCCUGCGUCCGCCUCUCUCCUUUCCACUCCGGGGACCCUCGGGGGUCGAAGGUGUCUGCCCUGCCUUGCACCAGCCGUCAACCUUUGGCAAAGCCUUGCCUCGCUCUUUCGCCCUCUCGCAACACAGCUCCGCGGCACCAUCCGCCUCCUCCUCCCCUCCUCCUCAUGGAUCGGCUCCUUCCCCAGCACUGAAGGCAUCCCUAGGAACACACAUCAACAUCCAGGAAAAAUAAAAAAAGAGGGAGAGAAGGUAAAUCAUCCGCCCCGAGCAGAGAGAAGGGGAGAGAGGGAUCAGAUGGAAGAAGAAGAAGGACCAAGAGAGAGAGAGAAAGGGGGAGCGAGAGGGAGAAAAUUCCUAAUAACAAAACACAAAGCCAUGGGUUAGAGGUGCCUUGUCAUGUACAAGUACAAGGGGAUCAGAGAGGGCAAACAAUAAUCAGAUUCAAACGGGCUGCUGAUUUGCCACUCGCCAAAGCGAUCGCGGGCAGAGAGCUGGAUUGUUAUGAUUGUGAUUUUAUUCUAAAUUGUUGUUUCAGAAGGAAGGCUAAUUUCUGCGCGGGUGUCUGUUUCUCUUCCUCCUCUCUUUCUCUCUCCACCCCCCCUCAACCCCGGUGCUUCUAGUGCUCCCCACCUUUCUCCUCCUCCUCCUUCUGCCCCCCCCCCCGCUUUUGCGUUAAUUUCUUGUCUUGCGGAGUGGGGGGGGGCAGCGGCUGGGGAAUAGAUUUGGCAGCGGAGAUUAAUUCGCUGGCUGUUUACUAGAGAGUCUCGGGUGAUCGGGGUUAUAAUGUAAGAGCACGACCGGGGGAGGGUAGGCCAAAGGGAGCAUUGUGCUGCGCGAGGGAGAGAGCGAGGCGAGGCGGCAGAUCGAGGGAGUGAAAUGCAAAGUACAGUUAGCGUGGAAAAACUGAAACGUGGGGCUGGCGGGGAGGAGGAAGGUGUGGGGACGGGGGGGGGCACAGAAACGUGUUUGUCACACCCCCCCUUUGCCUUAUUCUCUGCAUUUUCUCACCCACCCACCCCUUCCCAAAGCAAAAGAAAAUGAGAGGGGGAAAAAAGUAACGAUUGCAAAUGGGUUUCUUUACUAUUCAAGAGCUGGAGUUUCCCCAUGUCUCUUUCACAUGCAAGGCAGCUACGUUUCUCUCUUUCUCUCCCCCUUCUCGCUUCACAACAGGCUUGGAAAUCAAUGACCCCCGAGGCCUAAGGGCACUUGGAAACCUUUCGACAUUUUAUUGGGGUGGGGUGAAAGGGGGGGGGAGGCUGGAAAGAAGAGAAAUAUGAAAUCACCCACGAGUUGUAAAUUUACCACCCCACCCGGCUUGCUGCAUGAUUUCGUAGUUUCCCCUCGCCUCCCCCCCCCCUCGCCCAAAGCAACCCACCUCCUGCUAGGUAUUGUAGUUUGAGUGCGAAAUGUGAACGAGAAGAAGCGGUGUAUCUUGUGCGGGGGAGGGGGGGAUGUUACAGCUACUGUAGAGAAAAGAGGAUGAAAACUUUAACCAUGCACAUUAAAAAACGGGAUCUGGGCGGGGGGGGGGCGACAACAAUGAAGCAGUUGUAAAAAUGUGGCGCUUUCCGAGGGAGAGUUUGAAUGCAUUUGAGCUAGGUUAGAAUGCCAGCUUGAGUGGCAAGGGGGGAGAUCGGUUGGGAUGAGUGACGUUGGGAAAAGGGGGGGGGGGGGAGAGCCAGGAUGGUGCGGUGUCAGAGCUAUUGGCCGCUGAUUGUGAUCAAUCAUUCCGAGCACUGGGGAAAGAGGGAAUGAGAGAGGCAGAGAGGAAGCAGACCCAACACGCAGCGUGGAUUCAGAGGAGUGCUGCCACCUCUCCGGGAGAGUUGCCCAGAGAAAAGGGGGGAGAAAGUGUGCCCAGCACCGCUUAGAUGGGCACGGACUGACUGCCACGAGGAGGUAGUGUGUGCAAACUGGUACCUGGUUGUUGUUUUUUUAUUGUUCCUGUUUGCUGCUGUGCACCUUUGAACUGAAGGUGCCUUGGGAAAUGGAUCAUUUCAACCGAGGGGAUGGAGUUUGUUCUAAGGAUUUCAUCUGUAAGAAGAAAGGGUCCACAUGGAUUCUUUCCUCUCUUUCUCCAUCUUUCUGUAUGUGUGGCAUCAGGUUUUUUUAUGAAUGGAAAACAGGUUUGGUUUCAUUUAUCAGUCAUGUGUUGGAGAUAAGAUUUUAUCUUUCCAACAUUCAUUUGAUAUACAACUUUUAUGCACCCCUCUUCAGAAAGGAAAAGGAAAGGAAAAAGCCUACCUGGAGAUAGGAGCAGAAUGGAUAAUGAGUUAUAGUUAAAUUAAAAAUAUAUGCACUGUUUGCUGGAAUGUUGAGUAUAAACGGGGAUCUUGUUCUGCCUUGUAUAUAGUUUGCAGUGAUUGGAUAAACUUAUGCUAGAAGAUGCUAUAGGAAAAUAUUAAACAGACACCUACAUGAGUAACUUCUUGAAGACUUUAUGGAUUUAAAUUCUUGAAUUGUUACUUGGGCUGCAAUGCUAAGAACACUUACCAGGGAGUAAGCUCCAUUGAAAACAGUGGAACUUACUUCUGAGUAAAUGAUUGUACAUUGAGUGUAGUUUAAUCAAAGCGAGAAUAACAAAGGUUGAAUAUAAAUCUUGAAGGAAGUGUUAGCAUCAGUAUCUUAUUUAACUCUUCUCCCUUAUUUCUAAUUCUUAAUGAAUUUCCAUACUUGCUUCAACUAAAGCCAGUCUAUGGGAAUUAAUAUUCCAAAUGAUGGAGUAAAAUAGUGGGUUCUCUCUUCCCCAAAUAGUAUUUGUUCUCUUUACAUCUGUGCAAAUUGUGAGUGUGAUUAUUAAUUUUCUUUCAUUUAAUGUGCAUGUUUAUAACAGUGUUAUAAAAUCUGGUGACCUGGUAAUGCCAGAAAUACUUGCCAUUUUUUUAUAUUCUGAGACAAAAAUGAUUAUAUACAGUGCAUAUAGAUGCCCUGCUUUUGUGUCUUUUAUGGACUUCAAAUCAAAUCAGCAGAUUCAAUGCCUUUGUGACAUUUAUCCAUUGUGGAAGCAUACCAACUGCACAACCAGUGCUUACAUUAUUCACAGGCUGCCCCCUGAGUUUUUCAGGAUUACAUAAUAUAAGAUGGCAUUUUGCUAGUUCUUCUGUUGGCAUAAUUCUAGCAUUAAAAUUAGUAAGUUGCUUAACAGUGUAGAAACCCCCCCCCCCAUUAUUCCACCAUGGAUGCACCAUCUUCUUAAUGACUGGUGUCAAUGGGAGGGAAGAACUAUAGUCCUCACAGGGAGGCUAAUAAAUUUGUUAGCGAAAGUUUUGAAGUACUUGGGUCCUGCCUUACAUUUUCUUCAAAGAGCUCCUCAUUAAAGCAGAUCACAAUCAGACACUUCUAAUAUGAAAGCUGUUUUGCACUGGAAAAGAAUGAAAGGGAAAUGAAACUAAGAUCAGCCUGCUCAGACAUAAUAUGUGACCUUUAUUUACUAGUUUGAUAGUCACUGAUUGACAUUUUAAAAGCCAGUGGUGUAAAUUUGCCACGUUUUAAUACAAGAAGACCCCCAGAAUUAGAAAUGUAAUAUUUUGCUUACUUUUAUAUUGGCUUGUGUGUGUUUUCUUUGUAUACAUACUUGAAAAUUUAAAUAAAGAAAUAUUUAAUUUAAAAAAUCUUAAGAGAAACUGAAUGAGGAUUUCUGUUUGCCUACCAAUAUUCUGCUUUGACUUUGAGUUAGCUCACUGUUUUUCUCAUAGCUAAAGUUUUGAAUAUUGUACAACUCAUCAUGGGUUGGGCUGUAUACACUAUUCUCCUCAGCAAGUUUGAUUUCUUUCCCCUUGAGUUUUGUGGGCUACAGAAUAUAAAAUACUGCCUUUUGGCUGCACUAAAUUAAUUAAAAUAUAGUUGCUUAUCUUUUCAAAAAAACCAGAAAAAUAAUGAUACUGUGUUUAUUAGUUAUACUCAACAGAAUCUUCUUUUGCGGGGAGGGAGUGGUUGGCCAUGCCAUUUCAAUACUGCUACCUAAAACUAAUGACUAAAACUCUAACAAUACAAAAUGUGUUCUUUUCCCCCAAUCCCUAAGCUCUCAGGGUUAACAUUCUUUUUAAUGACAGUCAUUUCUCUAACAGGAAGAUGUUUUCAUUUGUAUUUACUUUUCAGUGCAGUGCAAUUAUGCAGUUCCACACUGCACACUGUCUUCAUAGUUAGUAUCUCAAAAGAGAAUUACAGUCUUCACAACAGAAUUGCAAUUGGAAGCAGGUGUUGUGUUUUACUGUUAUGCAAAAUAACAGUAAAAUAUAAUUGUGGGGGAAAUUAAGGAAACAGCUGCAAAGUUGGUAUGGAAGCUCCUUCAUUACAAUUUGUAGGCAGUUAUCUUACACUGCAAACUGGGCAAAGAUUUGAUGUAGCAAAUUGUAGCGAUUUUGUCCUCCGUGCCUAUAUAUACAUAUAUAUAACCAGCGAAUAAUUUGAGACAAAGACCAAGAAUACCCUCUGCGAAAUAUACUAAAGAUUUUGGUCAAGAUCCACUUGAUGGGGGUCUUAGCUCUCUCCCUGCUUGCUUUUUCUGUUAUGCAAAAUGAAGAAAUACCCUGAUUCUUGAAAAAGUAAGUUGUGUGGUUCCGUAACCUGCUUAACAUAUGGAAGCCUAUGUAGGCCUGAGGUUGUAAAAUAAUAAAAUAAAUCGCCUAUGGCAGGCCAUCUGCUAUUUGGAAGGCAUUAUGUGGAAUUUUGUGCUGAACCAGGUUUUACAGUUCAUAUCUUAAUACUGGUGCAAUGUAGAGGCUCCAGAUAUUUGAUUUUACAUCUAGCAAGUCCUAUUUUUAUUUAGAAACAAUGCAGCACCUCUAUGUAGCAUAGCUGAUUGUAAAUACAAAGACUGGUUUUCUAUACUUCUGUAUCAAUUUUAGGAAGCACCUAAUUUAUAGGAACAGCAAGUACUGGUAUAUGAAUGUAAGUGUUACCUUUUUUGGUAUUCCUGAGAAUGCACAACGAUUUAUCUGUUUGGAUUUAAACAUACGCUAGAAGGUGGAUCAUAACCAAAAUCUGGGGGAGGGGGGGAACCUAUCUUGAACCAUUUCAGAUCUAUUUGGUAUUAAAAUGUUAAGAGUGGGAAUUACAAGUUUUGCUUUUCAAGUUUGUGCUCAGUCUGUUCACGUUCAGUUUAUCAUGAGCAUAUACUUGAAGGUUGCAUAACUACUUUUUUCUAAUGGCAAGACGGGAUUUAAACAUUUGUGUCAAUGAUAGGGAAUGGAAGGAAGUCCAUCAACCUCACCAGGGAACAGGGAAAUUGGUGACUUAAUGAAGGUGCUCACAGAGUGCAUUAGAAUAGCAGGGGGUUUUUUGGAUGAAGACUUAAUCAGAAUUAUUUUGAGAGAUUUCAAAUGCAGAAAGCAGUUUGACAUAAUGGAAGGAUUAGAAGUGCUUCACAACUCUUCUUCUGGUGCCACAACAGUGAAGAGGCAACACAAGCAGAAAAGGGUUGUAGGGUUAUUCCUUUAGCCCUUUAUCAUUGUAUGCAUCCUGUCUGCUUCCCUGUGUUCUAAUAUAAAUUCUUCAAGGGGGGGGGGAUAGACGGGGACUUUUCUGUUAGUGGAGCUUCCAGUGUAAAUAAGAAUCCUGAUCUUCCAGAGUUCUUAGUUACCCUUCACAAGUAGAAAAGGCCUCAAUGCAAAAGUUACACUACAGCAUGGGAAAGCUCAAAGGAUCUGUGUGAGGACGACGACAUUCAAGGGGCAUAUCCACAGCUCUUUCCUACUUGAGUUGCCCCUUUAUGGCUAAAACAUUCAAAAGGGCUAGCAGACAUUUACUAAUUUUUUGACCAGAAUAAUGAUAUUCCAGAAGGAAUGAAGCAAAUGGCUAGAAACAUGUAGGUUGUGUUAAAUAAUGGAAGUGUAUAACUCACAGUAGUAAAUUAUAAUUGAUUUUGAGCAUAAAGAACUGUCCAUUUCUGCUUUUUUAUACAUUUCUUUGGCUUAAAUAAUGAACGGAAAUUUAGGAAUGAUAGGGUAUACAGAAUAGUAGAAAGCAAUCUUUCUUCUGUAGCUCCCGUUCUUUAGUUUAGGCCAUACGGAUUGGCUUGAUGGAUGGACCAUCUCCAGGUCCAUCUUCUCCAGUAUUUUGUAACCAUGAAUGGGUUGCUAGAUGCUUACGGAUACGCAUAACCAUCCCUAUACCUUGUUUUUGCCUCUGUGCUAUAAUGCCUCUGAAUAUACAUGUUUUGUUUAUCUAUUUACUUCCAUACAGCCCUUCAUCUGAAGAUCACAGGGCAGCUUAUAAUAUAAAAAACCAAAAAUGUACACUAUAAUAACAAACAAUAACAAUACACCCUCAGCUAUCAUGCAUUAGUUAUUCACUGCAUUUAGAAUGCAUAAUUUUAGCUAGCCUUAACCCCAGGACCAGUGAAUAUUUUUGGAUGAGCCUGAUUCUAGUAUUGUAAUACACCUUUUAACUACUUUUAUGUUGUUCAUAACAUUAUAAACUCCUUUCCUGUGAACAUCAAUAGUGUUUCUUUUUCCUAAACAAGAAAACUCUUAUUCUCUUUAACCUUUUCUUGUCAAGAAACUGCUUGAACAACUUGAUUGCUUUGAUUGUCCUUUUCUAUACCUUUACCAGUGUUUUUUUCUUUCUAAAAAAUGUUUAGGGGUGCUCUCAUUUUCCUACUCAUAUUGAAAUACUGCCCCUCAAUGAGGCCAAACUUAAAUUCACAAAAUGUUUAGGGAUAUGCGUCCCCCUGUGUCCCCCCCAGGAAAAAAAAACACUGCCUGUACCAGCUCCAUCAUGUCCUACUGAGACUAAAAUAUCCCCUGUUGCUUGAGCAUUGACCUUGUAAAAUUUGGGACGUGGAUAUGUUGCAAUGCUGCUAAAAUAGCAUUUUUAAAUUUAAGAAAUACGGUACUUAUAAAUGAAUUGGUGAAUCUUUUUGUUUUGUUUCAUGGAAAUGUUAGAUGAGCUGUCUUUUAUGGUGGGUUAGGAGAACCAACAAAACAACUGUAUGCAUGUUUGGAGGAAGGGUGAGAGGGGAGGAGGGGUAGGAAUGAGAGAAUGUUGGACCAAAGGCGUUCAAGUUUGUGGGUUUAGAAAAAUAUCAGAAACUUUUACAGUUGCAAUUACAUUUCUUUGCAUUUAUGAAGAGGUUGAUCUUUUUAAUUUAAAGUAAAAUUCCUCUGAGUCUUCUAAAAUUACUAAGAUUACUGUGUGCAAGUGUAAUCUGAGGGUGGUUUAACUGCCCAGAGUAGAAGUGUGAUUGGAGGAGAACUCUUGCACAUCUCUGCCUGUUUUGCAGGUUCUUGAGUUAGUCUCCAAAUCUCUGGGUGCAUGUCAGGGAAAUGUCACUUUGGAUCUAAGCCAUUUCCCAGACCUUCCCUGGCACAUCCUUGAACCUCCCCAGCUCACCCCUUAUCAUGUUCCUACUGAAGCUGGAGCGCCAACAUUGGUUGGGCCAGGGCUGUAGAUGCUUCUGCAGUGGCAUUGGCAUUGAAUCUCCAUAUCUGGUGUCAGAACUCUGUCUUCUUUGUUGGAGAGGGAGACUUGGUGCCAGUGUUGUCCUCCAAAGUCACAGAAAUGCUGUCGUAAAGUACUUUAAGCAUGGUGACAGCAUACCAUGUGGGUAUAACAAGUUGAACCUGAAACAAUAUGUUGCCCUGUGGACUGCUACUGUUCAGGAUUCCAGCAGCCAGCCAUACCCUUUCCCAAGAUACUCCAUUAUAUUGUCCUUCACCAGCGGCUUUCCAUACCCACUUCCCAGCAGUCAGCCAGCAUUCCUUAAGGGGGUGUUUUUGGAAGUCUCCAACCUUUAGGGUUUUGUCUUUAAGAUUUUUCUUUACUUCUGCCAACCAAGGAGUUUCCCCGGACGGGCUGAUACCUCCCUUUUGUAUGUAGAUUGUGUCAUUUCAGGUACAUUAAGAUCUACACUCAGAGAAUGAGUUUACACGCUAGUAUUAUUAGGAAUGGAUCAAUACAUAUUUCCAUAGGAAACCAUCACAGGCUAGGCUGAACUCAAAACCCUCAUUACAAAUUGAUCAAUAUCUCUGUACUGUUCUGUUUUUCCAGAAGUCUGCAGAGCUCAUGAGGAGAUAUUUGGCUUCUGUCGUUGGCUGA